GAGGAACUUYACGGGAGCAUUUUGCAUAAAGUUUAAUCCGAUUAUCAAUUAAAACUAUGACAGGGCAAAAACGUCCCUCGAUUGAUCUAUCCAUACAAGAUUCGGCCUUUUUGACACAUGAAUUAGACGCCAUCGAUCCAUUGCARUUGACAAAAUGUCAACGACAGAUGAAGAAUWAUCCGCAUCAACAUCMACAGGAACAAGAAGAAAAUGAAAAUCAACGUAAUGUCAGUCUCCAUUAUGCCAUCAAUGAUUUGCCAAUCACUGCAACAGCUGACGACGAGAACAAGAUAUGCGACGACAGCGGCGGCGGUUUCUGGGAAGAAGCCCGUCUGUUUUUCGAACUCGCGGGUGUGUCUUGCCUAAUGAACCUUGCCUUUAUAAUGAGUCCCUUAUUGACAGCGAGCUACAUCGGACGGUCUUUUACUCCCGUCUACUUGUCGGCAUUUACGCUUGCGAAUCUCACCGGGAAUCUUUGUACUUUCAGUUUGAUGGCUGGCCUAUUUUCGGCCAGCGACACCCUGUCGCCCCAGGCCUUUGGGCGGAAGGACUAUCCGGAAGUCGGUUAYAUUGCGAUCAGGGGAUUUGUAGUYGCUUUCACUCUGCUAUUUCCAAUCAACGCGUGCUUGUUUUUCUUCAUGACGGAUAUCAUGGUUGCUCUCGGACAAAACGCGGAGGCAUCUUCACACGCUACAGCGUGGUUCAGGAUAUACAUCUUUAACAUGCCGUUUUCAAUCCUGUACAACUGCUUGUGGAAAUUCUUAACGGCGCAACACAUUAUGAAGCCAUUGAUUCUAGUGUCAAUUCUCUGCAUGGGUUUCGUGUUGCCGGUGAGCYUAACACUCUGCAUAAACACCAUGGGCUUUCUGGGUUCCGCGGUGGCCUAUGUCCUGUUCCAGGCAUCUCAGUCCCUYUUCCUUCUGGGUUACGUUUGGUGGAAGCAUCCGCACCAUAGUGGGACCUGGCCAGGUCUUUCGUGGAAAAGUAUGCAAAAUGCACUGGAGUGGCACCGUAUGAACGAAUUCUUUCACCUUGGAAUGGGAGGGAUCGUAGCACAAUGCGAGUGGGUCUUUUGGGAAGCCAUUGGUCUAAUAGUGGGAAAAUUGGGUGUAGUGGCCCUGUCGGUACACACGAUACCGAACCAGACCAUCAUGGCCUUUUGCAUGGUCCCCUUCGCCUUUGGGGUUGCCCUCGCAAUUCGGAUGGGAGUAAUCCUGCCUAUUUCGGUCGGGCACACCCAAUCGGUAGUCAUCGUGACGUCCGGACUUUCGACGCUGCUGUUUGGGUUGGUUUCGGUUGCCGUUUACGUCUAUAGGGAUGUGAUUGUAGACCUGUUUACCAYAGAUAAUGCCGUCAAGGAACUAGCAGAUGUGAUCUGGUCGGAGGUCUCACUGUUCAACAUAAAUGUGUCGCUGUUUGGCAUMCUGGCGGGUAUCGCUACCGGCCUAGGAAAACAAUGGGCACUCGGCGUCAUCAACUUUGUAUUCCURUGGUUGUUCGGUUUGCCGAUGAUUUAUUAUUCGGUCAUCGUCUUGGAUGAGGGAUUAGGCGCUGCUUGGUUCUGGAUGAACAUUCCUUAUUUGUGCAUGAAUUCAUCGUUGAUACUUCUGUUUCUGUUUACGGAUUGGAACAAGAUCCAAGAACAGAUUCUGCUAAAGAAGGACGGGAUCAAGGAUGACGACGGCUGUUGUGCUAACAAGGGUUGUGGUCAGCAGGUAGACAAAAUAUACAUGGUUGCCAGUGAAGCUACGUCAUUGCUAUAAAGGUAGAUUACAUAAUUUUAAAAUAUAAAUACUGUCAAUCAUUUGGCAAUUGAUCCCCAUGCUAACCUAUUCAUUGUCAUCACUAAUUCAAGGUUCCCAUCCUUAAAUUUUUUCAGUACAAAUUAUUUUCAACCUGGUUCUGAAUUACCCAUGUGUUCAGAAGAAGCAGAAUUGGAGGCCUGCAUCACCAGAUUAUUUGAAUAGCUCUGCAGAUGUUUUACUAUUUUAGCGAUGAUGGAAUCAUUACAGUAGUCAUCGGAACCAAUGGGUUAGUACAGAAACUAUUUUUAAUGAAUAUCCUGUAGAAACAAAAAGAGAUUUUUGAGCAAAAUUCAUGUAGGCUUUUGUGACACAGAAUUGUGAAUAAAUUAGAAGUAGUAGCUCAACAUUCUUGUGCAAAUUAUUCAUUUUUCAUCAUUAGUACUAGUAUAUCAUUCCAAGAUUAAAGUGGUCAUAAUAAGAUUAAAGAUAACCC